AUGCAAGAGCAUAGUGGGCCGCAUGCGGGCACACCUAGUCGACUAACAAUUCCAAACUCAGCGCAGGCUGAAAUAGUCCGGUUGCAUCAGAAAGAUGCUUACUAUGGUGAACUUUUUCGCGAACAGGUCAGGGAUGUGGCCGUGGAGUUUCUUGGUGCACGAUUGACUCACAAGCUUGACAACUUGCUAGCUCUCGGUGCGAGUAUGGCUUAUUUGUGCUUGUGUACCUUGGGUGGAUCACAGUCACUGGGAGAAGAGUAUGUGAAUGCCAUAAUGCGGGAUCGACGCAAGGGUGGCAUUGUAAGCGCUAAACGACGCAUACUAUUCCUUGUGCUGUACAUUAUGGCACCGUUCUUCGCCGUGCGGAUGUAUAGUAUUACGCGUAUGUAUAUCUUAAGAAUGGAUAUGCACAUUACACGCAAGCGUCUGCGUGAAGCACAAUCUAUGGAAAUUCUCGUUCACGAGCCAUCUCUUCUCACCAGGCUGUGGAAUAAUAUUGAGCAUGUCGUGCAUUGGCUUGCCCAUAAGCUUCCUGGCUCACAUGCACUUACGGGCACAAACGGUAUGUUCGCAUAUGUGUCCUCGGCACAGCUUGCAAUGUUUUACUUGAGCGGCCCGUAUUAUACCCUAGCACAUCGACUUGUUAAGUCAGAUUACGUCUAUGCCAGCACUCGGCGUCCCUCGUCCCAGCCUCUUUCCUAUGAAAUACUCGGCAUGCUGCUGGCAUUCCAGCUACUGAUUAAGCUGGGACUUACAAUUCGCCGCAUCAACUUUCCAGCGUUAGCAUCGUCUGAUGAUACCAACGCGGCUACAGCCUCGGCAAAAUCUGAAAGGGUAAAUCCAGUGUCACUCAAGAUUGACGGUGCUAUUGUAUCGCCACACAGUGACUCGCAUCGCAAAGAUUCCUCGUCUAGUGCGACUAAUGUGCCGCUUGUGUACGCAGAUCCGGACGUGUCCGCUUCACCAGAGAGUUUGGGUCUUAGUCCUAUCCGGACAGAAUCAGAAAAGCAGGCUUUUGAUUUGGCUCAGACAGCUGUUCGAACGAAGACUGUGCAGAUGGAAGCAAUCGCGCAUGAGGUGCUACGGUGUACGUUGUGCAUGGACCGUCGUGAGCCCGAAAAUGGGAGCAGUGCUGUCACAGAAUGUGGUCAUGUCUUUUGCUGGUCUUGUAUAGAAGAAUGGUUAAGGGAAAAGGCUGACUGCCCUCUGUGCCGUCAAGCAGUGCAAGUGUCGCGUUUAUUGCCCAUCUAUAAUGUGUAG